CCCGCGCGCGACCGCGUGGUUCAGUCGCGACCGAAUCGCCGCAUGGGGAAGUGUCGUCGAUCCCCGCGAACGCGUCUACUUUUUUCGAAGUUCUCUGUACAGUUUUUGUUCUAAAGUUUUACGAGAAGGUUUUUGUGCUUCGAGUCUUUUGUCCUGUCGAACUUGAAGGAUACGAGACUGCAUUCGGCGGUGUAGUUAAUAAAGUUUAAUACGUUUUGGUGUUUUUUUUAUUUUCUGUUAUUGUUGUUUUUUUGUUUGGUGCAUCGUGCCGGUCCGGUGUUCGACCGUCUAUCGAGGCACCGAGCCUGGACGCGCGGUUACGGACCUCAAGGGACAUAGCCUUUAGGGCGUGUAAUUGUGGUGGUCGGUGCGAGCGGUUCCCGCUCCAAACGUCAAGCUGGCAGCGAGCGCGCUGAGCAUGAACCCGCACUACCACGGGUACGCGGAGCUGAGCUCACCGCACCCGUCCUCGCCGGAGGCUGCGUUCGCGGCGAACGGCCACGACUACCCUCACAACAACAACAACCCAGCACUAAAGGAAUGCGCAGGCUGCGGAGGCAAAAUUGUAGAGAGGUUUCUACUCCACGCGCUCGACAGAUACUGGCACCACGGCUGUCUAAAGUGCACGUGCUGUGGACAAGCGUUAGCGGACAUGGGACGCUCGUUUUACUUCAAAGGAGGGAUGAUCUUAUGCAAAAGCGACUACACAAGAAUGUUCGGUUCAAGCGGCGCGUGCGCAGCGUGCGGCCAGGCGAUCCCCGCAAGCGAGUUCGUGAUGCGGACGAAUGCACCACAGCAGCCCUUACACGUCUUCCACAUAAAAUGCUUCGCGUGCUCUAAAUGCGGGUCACACCUCAUGCAGGGCGAUAGGUACUACAUGCUCGCGGGGUCACUAGUCUGCGAGCAAGACUGGCAGAAGCUAAUGAAAAACGCGAACGCAGCGACGCCCGGCGCGCCCGUGCGGAAGGGCAAAGUGGGUCGUCCGCGCCGCUCGCGCGAAUGAGCACUGCCUGCGCCUGCGCCGGCGCUUGCGCCCGCACAACUCUCGCACCGCGACUACGAGGAGAUGAUGGCGUGCUCAUAUCUAAGCGCAACAGGACCUAAGGCUCAACCUUCAAUGGCGGGCUGUUGGACUCCACCGUAUUCCCUACCGGAGCCCGAACCGACUCGAAUGGUGCCCUACGUACCUGCCACAGCUUCCACCAUCACGGAACCCGCGCUGGACCUCACCACGACCAUCAAACCUCGACCAUGCAGUGACGAGGACACCGAGUGACAGUGUUGUGCAAAAGACUAUAGAACUUUACGGCACUAGUAAAUUAUUACUCGCGGCACUUUUACUUAUUAAACACUUAGUCUCAACGAAUAUGCGGUUAGUAAUAAUUUGGCGUGGCCCUUGUUAAGUUAUAUACCUAUUUGUUAAGUCGGUACUCACGCCAUCAUUGCAUAUUUCAGGCGUAGUUAUAGACUUAGAGCAUAGAGAAAUUAAAACUAGUUAAUAAAAUAAAAUACAAGUACUAAAGGUGCAAACACACUACUGUGUUGUGAUGUCGUGACGCGACUGAUGGCGAUCGCAAACAUUUUAAAGACGUGAAAGGAAAUAUACACUCUACAGUACUCCGUCAUGGCACUCUAGCGUCCUUACUCUCGAUGUGCAUUUCGACUGAUCGCAACACAGUAAUGUGUCUGCAGCUUAAUAAAAUUAAUUUAUCAGUAUUUGGUUGGAGCUUUAUAGAUUGCACUCAUCUAUUUUGGUUGUACAUAUAAACUUAUAUAAAAAAUUAAUAUACGAUUCUAUGAAAUGAAAUUACUCGUAAAUACGUAAGCAAUAAAUUAUUUUUUCGGGAAAUGGUUGUAGGUAGUAAAAACAAAGUUCAUGUGUAUCUGUGCAAGAUCUAUGCUAUACCUACGUUUUCUCUACAUUAUGUAUCUAUGCUGGCGUUUGUACCCACUAAAUAUUUAAUUUCGGUUGUGAAAAUGGCAAUUUAUGUAAAACUUACUCGCUGCUAUGUAAAUUUCCUUGCAAUUCUGAAUACUUAAAGAAUAAAAUGUGAAUGGGGAUGUGUUAAACACAAGUGCGUUGUUUCUUUAGAAAAGUGAUAAGAAAUGUAAAUGGCGAAAUGAAAACGGCAUAUCUUAAACAAUUAAGUGAUUUAAGGAAAUAAUGUUUAUAGCUCCAUACAAAGAAUAAUUAAAUGACCUAUGCUACAACCGAUUUAUCGAUUUUAUAAUAUAGGUAUCCUUUUCAGCACUUUUAUUACUUUGGGUAUUUUCAACUAAAAAAAAUACGUUAUUUAUUAUUUAAUGAAAUUUCAAUCUUUACGCUUUUAUUUUAUAUUGGUAUAUAUUAAUGCUUCAAUUCCACAAGAUUAAUUCAACGGAACGCAUUUUAGAAAAAUAUCACUUACUUAUGUAAUUAAUUGAAUGCAAAUCACAUUUUUUAUACUUAUAAAUUAUGAACUUUAAAUCAAGCAAUAAUUUUAUUUUAUACACUAUGUCGCUCAUGUAAUGUUUAUUAUACUUAUUUCGGUAAUAAAUAUUAAUUCUUGCCAAAACGUACCUUUUAUACCUAAUUAACGUUAUUUAAUUCUACAAAAUUCUGUGGCACGCAUGCUCUGUGAUUUGCAAACUUUGUAAAUAACUCGAAUAAAUUUGUUAUUUCGUUUAUAAUUAACGUGCUGUUACUUAAUCUUCUAAUAGCCCGUUUAUAUUAUUCAUUAAAUUUGUAAAUAUUAGAAUAUUUAGAUUUAAGUAGACACUUGUACCUAAAGUUUAGGCGCAAACUUAGCAAUAAUUUUGAUGCCAACGUCUUCGAAGUUCUCUGGUUACUUAUGGUAUCUGUAAAUACAGGUCUAAACCUUUAAACUUGAAGUGAAUAAAAUAUCUACACAGAAAAGAGUCAGAUUCUAGAUUAAAAACGAAAACCAAACGCUACGAUAGUGACUAAGUAUGCAACGUUUAGGCUUCGAUUUGAUUCUGCUAGAAAUGCAGUCCCGUACUUUCUUAGUCGGACUUGAGACAACUUUUUGAUUUUAUGCUAUUUGCGCGCAUCUAUUUGAUAGAAGUUGUACACCAAUCUACCUACCAUCUGUAUAUACCUACCUAGUUUCUACUAGGUAUUGUAAAACUUUCAAUGUGAAGUGUAACAGCCAUUUAUGUGAUCAGAAAGACAAGCCUAUUUGAUAAAGGCCGAAUUAAUAAAUAAUAAAAUCAAUCCCAUCUGUAAUAAUAUCUAUAAAUUACCUAGCAGAGUUGCUAUUUGACAAUGAUUGUAUCUUGGACUUAUGAUUGUACUCUUUUUUAACAAAUAACCUAAUUGCCUAAGUAAAUCGAUUAGCUAGGUAAAGACAGUCACAAAUCACAAGAAAGUACACAAAAUAGUUAGCAACUAUAAUAUAGUGUCGCUAUACCUAGCUAUUUAUUUUAUCUUUUAAAGCGAGCCUAAAGCGUCUUUACUCUUUAUCAUAAAAUAAAAAAUUGUAUAAACACUUUCACAAAGAGAAAACUAGAAUCAGACUCGAAUGUAAGUAAUCUUAAACGCUAACAUUCCUUUUACUUAUUAGGUAAGACAAUUUUUGCAUAUAUAAGUAUUUUAAAUUAUCUGAAUAUUAUAAUUGUCGAUGUUUCAUAGAUAACGGCAUUUUUUCUUGUUUAAAUACUUAUUAUGAAUGAUUGAAAUAAAAUACAGAAUAAUAUCUUUUAAGAUAUUAGUGUGAAAGCAAUGUCGUUUUUAGGACUAUUUAUACACAGGUCACAUGUUAUCCUUUUCUCCAAAAUGUCCCCUGGAAUUGUUA